AUGGGGACGGGGGAGGAAUGUGGAGUUGGGGGCAAUGGUGGAAUGCGAAGUUGGGAGAGGGAGAAGAAGAAGAAGAAGCAUAGUGGUCGAGUUAAUGAAUUCAAAGAUGAUAUUGAGAAGCUACAGAAAUGGAGGUUGGCUUUGCGUCAGACAGCUGAUUUCUCUGGUUGGCAUUACAAACGAGGAGAAUAUGAGCGUGAGAUCAUUAGAGAAAUCACAGAUAACAUCUCCCAUAAGCUUGAUCUCUUGAUUCUAGAUGACGUUGACACACACGAGCAAUUACAAGCAAUUGCUGCAAGACCUGAUUGGUUUGGUCCCGGUAGCAAAAUCAUCAUCACAACUCGGGACAAACAAUUGCUAACAUCUCAUGAAGUUAAUAAAACUUAUGAGGUGAAGAAAUUGGAUGUGGACGAUGCUCUUCAGUUGCUUACAUGGAAAGCUUUUAAGAAGGAAAAAGCUUAUCCAACUUAUGUGGAGGUCUUGCAUGAUGCAGUGACUUAUGCUUUUGGUCUUCCAUUGGCGUUGGAAGUAAUAGGUUCCCACUUGAAUGGAAAAAGUAUAGAAGGAUGGGAAUCUGCCAUCAAACAAUAUAAAAGAAUUCCCAAGAAGAAAAUUCUAGAUAUACUUAAAGUAAGCUUUGAUGCUUUGGAAGAAGAAGAGAAAUUUUUUUUUCUUGACAUUACUUGUUGCUUCAAAGGAUGGAGAUUGACAGAGGUUGAACAUAUAAUUCGUGAUCGUUAUGAUGACGGCAUGAAACAUCAUAUUGGGGUGUUGGUUGAAAAAUCUCUCAUAGAGGUUAGUUGGUGGGAUGGUGUAGUUAACAUGCAUGACUUGAGUCAGGACAUGGCAUGGGCGGUUUCAAGGCCCGGCUAUCCUGGGCAAUUGCCCAGGCUCUGGCCCAAAUUCAUUUGA